AUGUUCCUCUGGCCUACUGUCACUGGAGCGCAGGUCCUGUGGUCUUUCUCAUGCCGAGAGCUCAUCUCCACCUGCGGGGCUGCCAGCACCUCUAGUCCCUCCAGCGCAGGCCAUUCACUCGGGGCUCCUGGCCUUGAAUGUUCCUGGCUCUACUCCUUUGGCUUCUCCUCACACACCUACGAGGACACCUGCUCCUUCUCCUUGUCAGCCACCACCUCCGUCUCCUACAUAAUGUCUUCCACCAGCAGCUGGAGCCAGCAGCAGCACGAUCCCCGCCAAUUCUGCCCCCUCCAGGUCUGUGACUUCCACACAGCCUCCACCCUGAAUAAGGUGACCUCCUCGCCUAGUACGUCCCCUGGUGCCUGCAACGUCCCUGAUGACCCCACGGUGCGGGCAGGCCGCAGGGACCCUGCCCCCUGA